GCACCGCGCCAGCCGGGCUGCAGCGGCCGCGCACCGAGGCCGCGAUGGGGCUGGAGACGGAGAAGGCCGACGUGCAGCUCUUCAUGGACGACGACUCCUACAGCCACCAUAGCAGCCUCGAGUACGCCGACCCCGAGAAGUUCGCGGACUCGGGCCAGGACCGGGAUCCCCACCGGCUCAACUCGCAUCUCAAGGAUUUUAAUGCCUUUUGUAAAGACCUGCCUGAUGGUUCUGCCUUCAGUGCAGACAAUAUGGAAGAGUGUGACAGAUGUUAUCAUUGCUCCAUUGUGUACGAGCGUAGGACGAAGCUUCUCUUCUGUCAGCCUGCAGCUGAGCCAGGACUGAAUACUUGGACCCCAGGUCUGGAGAUUGGGAUACUGUAAUACUUCUUUGUUGUUAUAACAUAAAAGCACCACUGUUCUGUUCAUUUCCUAGCUGUUCUAAUUAAGAAAACUAUUAAGAUGAGCAACUACAUUUAGAAAUGUUUAUUGACAGAUCUUUUCAAAUAAUGCUUUUCUAAUGAAUAGCCAAAGAUUUCAUAUCUAACUUUGUAACCAGAAUUAUACAGUAAGUUGACACCACUUAGAUUUAAAGGCAGACAGUUUUGCUUUAGUACAAUAGUAUAUAUUUUAUAAUGAUGAAUUUAUAAUAAGUAAGGGACAUUUCUAUCAAAAUACUACAAUAGUUUUAUGCACAAGUUCCCAUUAAAAAUGAGAUUUCUUAUUUGUUUGUUUGUUUCUUUUUACUCUGGGAGUAAUGCUUUUUAAAUUACCUUUACAUAUAUGGUCACUGGUAUACUGAGAAUAUACAAUGAUCCUGGAAAUUGCAGUAACAAAAGCACACAAUGAUUAUAGUAACUAUGAGAUACAAUAAAACAAAUAAAUGUGAAAGUAGAUUCAUGAAAAUGUAUUCCUUUAAAGUAUUGUUUUCCUACAGGCCUAUUUAACAAGAUGUUUCAUUUUACUGUAUAUUUUGUACUUAAUAUAAAUGUUGCUCUAAUCAGAUUGCUUAAAAGCAUUUUUAUUAUAUUUAUGUUGUUGAACUAAUAUAUGAAAUAAGUAAAUGUAGCUCCCACAAGGUAAACUUCAUUGGUAAGAUUGCACUGUUUUGAUUAUGUAAGCAUUUAUACAUCUUCUUUGGAAAUAAAAUAUAAAAGAGCGAUACACAAAGCUUUCUUUUCUAAAUUUUCCAGGCAAAAUCUAAAAUGUUUUAUGACAUUUUUCUGGCUGUGAUCUUAAAAUAAUUCAUAUCUAAAUAAUAUUUUGUCUAGGAGAUGCUUUCUCUCUAGUAGUUAGAAAUUAAACCUGUGUCAGCAUUCCUAUUAAUGUUUCACUUUACUUUCAAGUAAUAUUGGUGCUAUUUAACAUUUUACAGUAAAGGUUACUUCUGAUACUUUAGUACAAUUUCAACUACAGUGAUUCAUGUAGAGAGACAGGAGAGUUGUCACCUUGUUGGGCUACUGAACUACAUGCAUAAACUAAAAACUAAAAACUAACAGCUACAAACUUUUAAGAUGUUCUCUAAUAUUGACAUGUAACACGGGAUAAAGUUAUUCUUGUCAUUUUGAACUGUAGAGUCCUAUUUCAGUGUGAUGAAUCACUGUUGCUUUGAAAAAUCUCAUUAUUUCUGGGCCAGGCAUGGUGGCUCACGCCUGUAAUCCCAGCAUUUUGGGAGGCCAAGGCUGGCGGAUCAUGAGGUCAGGAGAUCAAGACCAUCCUGGCCAACAUGGUGAUACCCCGUCUCUACUAAAAAUACAAAAAAAAUUAGUUGGGCACUGUGGCAUGCACCUGUAGUCCCAGCUACUUGGGAGGCUGAGGCAGGAGAAUUGCUUGAACCCGGGAGGCAGAGGUUGCAGUGAGCCAAAAUCAUGCCACUGCACUCCAGCCUGGCAACAGAGCAAGAGUCUGUCUCAAAAAAAAAAAGAAAGAAAGAAAGAAAAAGAAAAAAGAAAAAUCUCAUUAUUUCAAAAUGAUAGACAUAUACCAAAAACAAGUCUAUAAUGUGAGUAGUUACUAACAUUUACACAUCUUAAAAGUGUGUAAAUGCUUAAAUUUCAGAAUUACCAUCAGAACCUCAAUUGACGUUCCUUUGAAUACCCUCAUAAGUGACAAAUAAGAUUAAUAAGAUUUUUCAAAAUCGCCAGGACUGGUGAAUAUAAAUGAUGAUUGAACUGGAAUACUACUGGGGACCAAAUCAAAUGAAUGAUUAAAUUAUGAAGCUCAUAUCCUUUUGAAGGUAGUUGCAAAGAGACAUUUCAAAACUGCCCCAGGCCAUUGUAGCAUCCUUAGAUGGGACGCAUAAUCAUUACCUUAAAGCAUCACCACUCAUUUUGACCAUAUAGAUUUUAUUAUGUUAGUUUAAAAGGUCAAUCAGCCUCAUGACUUUAUAAUUAUGUCCUAUAUUUAAAAACAUUUUUUAAACAUUUGGAUAUGUUGAUAAACCAAAAACAUUUGAUUAAUAAAAUAUCUAUUUUAAUAAAUUAUGAGCUUCUAUCCUUUCAAAUAGCUAUUGGCAAGUUUUAAACCCAAAAUAUAUACACAUAGUUCUGUAAUAAAACUUUGUGACUUCUCAAGUAACAUGACUUCCUUAUUUCUGAACAGUACUGGUUACUUUCAAAAUGAAUUUUUAUUGAGAUUUUCCAUUAAGUAUUUUUUUCAAAGACUCAAAUUUUGUACCAAGUAAAUCCAGGCUUUAUGUACAAACAUGUUGUUUGUUUUAUUUGGGGCUGGGGGAGGUAUAUGAUGAGCAGACUUCCUCAGAAUUCGUAAUAAAUUUUCUAAAAGGCUACAAAUGUGUGUAUUGCUUUUAUUACAGUAAAUAUGGAACCUUUCAUAUUUAUUUUUACCUUAUUAAAAACUCAAAAUAGAUAAUAAAUACAUUAGUUAUUGCUUAUUCAGGAAUGCAUUUUUAAAAAUUAUUACAUUGGUAGUUGAAGUCUUUGUUUUCCAGCACUUAAAGAGGUUCCAUAUAAAUGUUCUAUCAUUUGAUAAAUAGUAUAAAAUAGCCUGUUCACACACCCACCAUACUUCUUCUUUUUUAUUAAGUCUUUUCUUGCUAAUCCUAAAUAAACUGAAAUUUCUGUUUCCAAUUUUUAAAAUAAGAAAGUAACAAUAUAAAUCACAUGUACUUGGAUACCUGUACCAUGAAGCUAGACUAGAGUCCAAAAUUAUUUUUGGAAAGUGAGUAGUUGCUGAUAUUGGCAUACAUUUUCUUGUCAGUUCAUCUGGAAAAAUGACCAACCUAUAAUAAUAAAGCAGGUGCUUGGCUUUUUAAAAUGUUCUUUAUAGUUUUGAGGAACUUUUAAAAAUUCAUCUUUUUGAUAGUGCUCCACAUCCCAUUAAUUUAUUUUGAUGCCUCCCUCGGAAAGUUGUUGAACUGUAGUGAAAAAAGCCCUGCCCUAGAAGUCAGGCAACUGGAUUCCAGCCUCAGCAUUGCCGUUAUUGAGGUAUAUCCCCUCAUGCAAAGGGUUUAAUCUCGGGUUCUCAGUUUUCUUAUCAUUAAUGAAAGAAUUGAACUAAAUGGUCUCUCAGGAGCUUCCCAUCUCAUUGUUUUCUGUGACUUCAGUAGGAUGAAGACUUGGCUAUGUAUAUGAAAACCAACCUAGCUGUCCAAUCCAAAAACAUUUUUUUAAAUCAGUGAAUUUUCCAUCAAUUACAGGAUAGGUGUGCUAUAAAUACAAUAAUUAAUGCAUGUACUUUUCACCCUUCUAUUGAUUGUGAGACUGUAUUUGGCCUCAAUUCAUUAAAACAGAGGUCCUAAGAUUUUUAUCAAUGCUGUCUUUUUUAUUAUUAUUAUGAAUUUCUCAAAAAAAUACUUUAUAUCUUAAAUAGUAUUUGCGAUUGAACCUUUAACAACAUGGGGUUGAACUGUGCAGUCCACUUAUACUCAGAUUUUUUUUCAGUAAAUACAGUUAGCCUUCUGUAUGCACAGGUUCCUCAUCCACCACCAAACUGGAUCCAAAAUAGAGUAUCGCAAGAUGCAAAACCGUCCGACAAGGAGGGCUGACUUUUCACCUCCUUGGGUUCCGCAGGGAUGAUGGGACUUAAGUAUGCAAGGAUUUUUAUAUCUGCAAGGGAAUUCUGGAAACUAUCCUUUGAGGGUACUGAGGAAUGACUCUAUUUCAUUCGAAGAUUUUCUAUCAAAAUCACUGCUAUGCCACCAUAAUUACUGCCAUCUUUCUCUUUUGCCUGGCUAUUUGCCACAGCCUCCUAAUUGGCCUCACUCCUUGCCUUCAAUAUGAUCACCAAUCCAUUUUUCUCUAAAAGAACUUGAUUAUACCAAGACUACCCUGUCAUUUCCCUGCUUAAAACUAUCAAUUGUAUGUGAUUGCCCUGAGAAUAAUAUUCCAAGUUCUUGAGCAACAUAUGCAAGGCCUUCACCAUCAAACUGUUGUCAUCGUUAGCAACUCUUCUGUAGCUUUAGUGAACAACCCAUGCUACUCCCAUGUACCCAUGCCAGCAUUGUUUUUCUCUUCAUGCCUGCCUCACUCUUCUCUGUUUCCAAAAUGCUUCCACAUUAAGUGCCUCUUCUGUGUCUACAUCUAAAAUCUUGUACAAAUUCCUAUUAUCACCUGUCACAUUGUAAAAGUAACCCUGUUAACUAACACCAUUAGACUGCUAGUUAGGUAUUUGAGAACCAAAAACAUCACUUCACCUUUGCUGGGAUUCUGAAAUGGUGCCCAGUACUUAAUGAGUUCCAUCAAUAUUUUCUGAAUGAAUGAUUAUGUAAAUAAAUAACUGGAGAAAGCUUGGGAUAAUUGCAGAACUGGGAGUGGGAAUUGCACUACAACUUCAUAAUUUCUUCUUUACAAAAGGGAUUUGAAAUGUACUGAUUCUAAUAAAAAUUUCCUUCCCACCA